AUAUAAGUAAGGCAUAUCCACUUGAGAGAAACAAAGAGACCUGAAAGAUUGAUAUAUGAUCUGAAGAUCUGACAAGAAAGUUCAUCAAAUAUAGAGUUCAUGGAGACACCAAUACUUAUCAAGCUAGGCAAUGGUUUGUCAAUACCAAGUGUUCAGGAAUUGGCUAAACUCACGCUUGCAGAAAUUCCAUCUCGAUACACAUGCACCGGUGAAAGCCCGUUGAAUAAUAUUGGUGCGUCUGUAACAGAUGAUGAAACAGUUCCUGUCAUCGAUUUGCAAAAUUUACUAUCUCCAGAACCCGUAGUUGGAAAGUUAGAAUUGGAUAAGCUUCAUUCUGCUUGCAAAGAAUGGGGUUUCUUUCAGCUGGUUAACCAUGGAGUCGACGCUUUACUGAUGGACAAUAUAAAAUCAGAAAUUAAAGGUUUCUUUAACCUUCCAAUGAAUGAGAAAACUAAAUACGGACAGCAAGAUGGAGAUUUUGAAGGAUUUGGACAACCCUAUAUUGAAUCGGAGGACCAAAGACUUGAUUGGACUGAAGUGUUUAGCAUGUUAAGUCUUCCUCUCCAUUUAAGGAAGCCUCAUUUGUUUCCAGAACUCCCUCUGCCUUUCAGGGAGACACUGGAAUCCUACCUAUCAAAAAUGAAAAAACUAUCAACGGUUGUCUUUGAGAUGUUGGAAAAAUCUCUACAAUUAGUUGAGAUUAAAGGUAUGACAGACUUAUUUGAAGAUGGGUUGCAAACAAUGAGGAUGAACUAUUAUCCUCCUUGUCCUCGACCAGAGCUUGUACUUGGUCUUACGUCACACUCGGAUUUUAGCGGUUUGACAAUUCUCCUUCAACUUAAUGAAGUUGAAGGAUUACAAAUAAGAAAAGAGAAGAGGUGGAUUUCAAUCAAACCUCUACCUGAUGCGUUCAUAGUGAAUGUUGGAGACAUUUUGGAGAUAAUGACUAAUGGGAUUUACCGUAGCGUCGAGCACCGGGCAGUAGUAAACUCAACAAAGGAGAGGCUCUCAAUCGCGACAUUUCAUGACUCUAAACUAGAGUCAGAAAUAGGCCCAAUUUCGAGCUUGGUCACACCAGAGACACCUGCUUUGUUCAAAAGAGGUAGGUAUGAGGAUAUUUUGAAGGAAAAUCUUUCAAGGAAGCUUGAUGGAAAAUCAUUUCUCGACUACAUGAGGAUGUGAGAAAGUGUGAACAUACAUUAUACUCCACAUUGUGUUUAAUAUAUGAUGAAAUAAGUUGCUUUUGAAGUAUGAUGAAAUAAGUUGGUUUUGAAGAAUUCAUAUUGUGCUUAAAUUUCGUGGAUGACUGAGAGAUUUAUUAUGUAAUAAUAAUGUAUUGGUUUGAAGAUUCUCGUCUCACUAUAUGUAAGACUCUGUUUGGGUCAAGUGAUGUAAUCACGGUUGAAAUAAGUUGCUUUUGAAGAAUUCAUAUGGUGCUUAAUAUUAUGUAAUAAAUAAUGUAUUGGAUUGAAGAUUGUCUUCUCAUUUUCUG